CGUGUUGUCAACAGACAGUGGUGAGCAAUCGAGCGAAGAGGCAGCAAAAACAGAAGCAGUCGCAGUUUGCUAGAAGUUUUCCAGUCGUUCGUGCGGUCGUUUUCGGUUCUCUUCUCGUUGGUCAAAAUUGUUGUGUUUUCCCCAAGACCAAGUGCAGUUUAAGGCAAACAGUAUGGGUAACAAAUCGUCCCUGUUGCUGCGUGAGGAGGAGAUUGCCCAAAUCCACGAGGAGACUGGCUUUACACCAAACCAGAUAGAGCGGCUGUACUCCCGCUUCACCUCGCUGGAUCGCAACGACUGCGGUACGCUUUCGCGGGAAGACUUCCUGCGCAUUCCCGAGCUGGCGAUCAAUCCGCUGUGCGAGCGCAUCGUGCACUCCUUCUUUGCCGACAGCAACGACGAUCGGGUCAACUUCCGCCAGUUCACGCGCGUCCUCGCCCACUUCCGGCCGAUCAAGCCGAACAAGGAGAACCGGCUGAACAGCCGGGAGGAGAAGCUGCGGUUCGCCUUCAAGAUGUACGACCUGGACGACGAUGAGACGAUCUCGCGCGACGAGCUGCUCAACAUCCUGCAGAUGAUGGUCGGGGCGAACAUUAGCCAGGACCAGCUGAACAGCAUCGCGGAGCGCACGAUCGUGGAAGCGGACACGGUCGGCGUGGGCAAGAUUUCGUUCGACGACUUUUGCCGCGCCCUGGAGCGCACGGAGGUGGAGCAGAAGAUGUCGAUCCGCUUCCUGAACUAAAACCCGGGGGGGCAUAUGACGAACGAGCAGCUAAGAUCAACAGCCGAGACCGCAACAAUGGUGUGUGUGGGAGUGGGUUUGCUUCCUAAUUCCAGAGCAUGUAGAUAAUAGGUAGACAAUGAUUUCAAGAGGCACAAAACUUACUUCUUUUUGCUUCUUUUGGUGAACAAUUGUGAACACCAUUUGAAGGACACCGGUAUAUAUUAAUGAACGAUGGGAUGAGGUGAAUGUAAAUAGGCAUUGAAGGAAUGGGAAUAAAGAUGGAUUGCUAAAAACCAAACAAACAAAA